AACGUGUGAAAGGUGAAAGGCACACCUUAAAUUUGGUCCAAUUGUGGCUUUAAAAAUUAAUUUGAAAUUCUAAAAUCCAACUAAUAAAAAAUAUGCUUAUAUAUUUUAGAUUAAUGUGUGUACAUUUUACCCUACUCGUGAUCUACUUUAUCUUCAAACAGAAAACUGUUUGAUUUCUGAUUUUGUCUGUACUUGUUGCUGUUAACACUGUUAUAUACAAAAAUUGAAUAAACUUAAUAAAAUGAAUUCUUAAUUAACAUAUUUGUAUGUAUAUGAACACGUCAUUGUGGAAAACUGUGAAUGUACCAACUUAAUCAAAUAUAAGAUUUUUUAGAUCAGACCUUAUUCUUUAUGAAUAAAUAUAAACGAAGUUCAUAUUAAACAUACACGUAUGUGAGUAGUUAAAGGAAAAAAAGCUAACUACAGAAUAAGUGAUAGUUCUAAAUGCAAAAAAAAUGGAUCUAUUGUGCUCGGAAAGUCUUGUAUGUGAUUCAGAUUUGUCAUUGUAUCGCAUCAACAAACAACAAACGCUUGCUGUGCCCAAAAUCAGGACUGAUUUCGCUUCGAUAUGCUCCUCUAUAACUUCUGCUAGUGAUAGUAACGAUGCAAACACACUCGCAGCUUCUAGUCUUUCCAAGAUCUCUACUAAUUCCGUCGUAUGCAAAAGGAGUGAAAUUGUUUAUAUAUAUGCAUCAGCAGAAUCAUUAAGGACACAAAAUCAAUCACUCCAACUUCAAGAACAUGGUAUGAAAGCGUCUGUUGAAAGGCUCACUCGAAGCUGUAGCAAGGAGCCCGCGGUUCUUCGACUUCAAGAGUGGCAGACUAAAUCCAACUCACUCGGUACAGAUUAUGUCAAUAAGGCUAUUGGAGAUCCUACUUUUAAAUCUGAUCGAUGUCUGGAGAAUGCGUUGAAAGCUGAGGAAAAAUACCAACAUGUAGUCGAGACAUAUUUUAUGACUGUGCAAAGAGAUAUAACUCCAGCAAUGCGUAAAAUUGUUGCUGAGUGGAUGAUGGAAGUAUGUGCCGAAGAGAAAUGCCAGGAGGAGGUCGUAUUACUGGCAUUGAAUUACAUGGAUCGCUUUCUUUCAACUAAAUCAGUACGCAAGACCCACCUUCAAAUUUUAGCAGCUGCCUGUCUUUUACUAGCUUCAAAACUUCGGGAACCCAGCUGUCGUGCACUUUCAGUGGAAUUACUGGUCGUUUAUACGGACAACAGCAUAUACAAGGAUGAUUUAAUUGUAAGCUAUUUUCAUAUUUUAAAAUAUUUUUAAAAUAAAUAUGAUUAC